CCGACGCGCGUGGACCGCGGCACCCCGGCUCUUGGCGCUCGCGGCCCUCCGCCAUGCCCUCCUACACGGUCACCGUGGCCACCGGCAGCCAGUGGUUCGCUGGCACCGACGACUACAUCUACCUCAGCCUCGUGGGCUCCGCGGGCUGCAGCGAGAAGCACCUGCUGGACAAGCCCUUCUACAACGACUUCGAGCGCGGCGCGGUGGAUUCUUACGACGUGACAGUGGAUGAAGAACUGGGUGACAUCCAGCUGGUCAAAAUCGAGAAGCGCAAGUACUGGCUCCAUGAUGACUGGUACCUGAAGUACAUCACGCUGAAGACGCCCUGCGGGGAUUACAUCGAGUUCCCUUGCUACCGCUGGAUUACUGGCGAGGGCGAGAUUGUCCUGAGAGAUGGACGCGCAAAGUUGGCCUGCGAUGACCAAAUUCACAUUCUCAAGCAGCACAGACGUAAAGAGCUGGAAACACGACAAAAACAGUUUCGAUGGAUGGAGUGGAAUCCUGGCUUCCCCUUGAGUAUCGAUGCCAAAUACCACAAGGAUCUACCCCGAGACAUCCAGUUUGAUAGUGAGAAGGGUGUGGACUUCGUUCUGAACUACUCCAAAGCGAUGGAGAACCUGUUCAUCAACCGCUUCAUGCACAUGUUCCAGUCUUCCUGGAGCGACUUCGCCGACUUCGAGAAAAUCUUCGUCAAGAUCAGCAACACUAUUUCGGAGCGAGUCAUGAAGCACUGGCAGGAAGACCUCAUGUUUGGCUACCAGUUCCUGAAUGGCUGCAACCCGGUGAUGAUCCAGCGCUGUACGAAGCUGCCCGAGAAGUUCCCUGUGACCACGGAGAUGGUGGAGUGCAGCCUGGAGAGGAACCUCACCUUGGAGCAGGAGAUCGAGGGGCCCGUGUCUGCUGGCUACUCCCAGCCACAGUCCUGUGGGGUUGCCAGUGCCCCACCUCCCUCCCUCUGUCCACCCCGCCGUAGCUUGCCGUACCUUGAAAAUGGGGUGCACAGCGGGCAGCUGGCGGUACAUGGCAAUGCCAAAAACCUCAGACACCAGAUGUGUGCGCAGAAGGCCAACGCCACAGGGGGUGGUGGACACGUGCAGAUGGUGCAGAGGGCCAUGCAGGACCUGACCUACACCUCCCUGUGCUUCCCCGAGGCCAUCAAAGCUCGGGGAAUGGACAGCACAGAAGACAUUCCCUACUACUUCUACCGGGACGAUGGGCUCCUGGUAUGGGAGGCCAUCAAUACGUUCACGGCCGAGGUGGUAGGCAUCUACUACAAGAGUGACCAGGUGGUGGCAGAGGACCAGGAGCUGCAGGACUUUGUGAAGGACGUUUAUGUGUAUGGCAUGCGGGGCAAGAAGACCUCAGGCUUCCCCAAGUCCAUCAAGACCAGAGAGAAGCUUUCAGAGUACCUGACAGUAGUGAUCUUCACAGCCUCUGCCCAGCAUGCAGCAGUGAACUUUGGCCAGUAUGACUGGUGCUCCUGGAUCCCCAAUGCCCCCCCAACCAUGCGGGCCCCACCGCCAACAACCAAGGGCGUGGUCACCAUCGAGCAGAUCGUGGAUACGCUGCCAGACCGUGGCCGCUCCUGCUGGCACCUGGGCGCAGUGUGGGCACUAAGCCAGUUCCAAGACAACGAGCUAUUCCUGGGCAUGUACCCAGAAGAGCAUUUCAUCGAGAAGCCUGUAAAAGAGGCCAUGGCCCGAUUCCGCAAGAACCUUGCUGCCAUCGUCAGCGUGAUUGCUGAGCGCAACAAGAACAAGAAGCUGCCAUAUUACUACUUGUCCCCAGACCGGAUUCCCAAUAGCGUGGCCAUCUAAGUGGCCACCCGGGCGUCUCACUUGAAGACGGCCGACUACCCGCGACCGGGCUCAGCAGCCAGACUCCAGCCUGCCCAGGUGGGCAGGCACACCAGGCGGCCCUGGGGCAGAACUGCUGGCAGCCUGCUCCUCUGAGGCUGCCAGGAUUCCUGGCAAUUCCCUCAGGCCCCAGGCCGACUGGCUUCAAACCGAACGCUGCCCAGGUUGGGCCACGUUCAGCCUAAGCUUUGGUGCAUUUUCCAGUUUGUUCCCUAGUUUUCAGUGAAUCCCAUACUUUGAUCAAUGUGGAUACACUGCAGGGACGCGUCCUACACAGAGCAGGACUGUGUAGCUUUCUGCCUACGCCUAGCUCAGUGCUUGCACGCCACUCAGCAACAGCAAGUCAGGACAACUGAUAGAUGUUCGUUCUUACUGGGAGACAUGGAAUGAUUAUUUUCUGUUCUAUUUAUGCUUGGUCCAAUUUC